AUGGAUCCCUUACCAGGCGGUUCCGCCACACCUGCCGACGAUCUUAACUCAGCCACUCCCGCCGCCGCUGUGUCGCGAUGGGCCUUCACAUUUUCGCAGCAGUACCAGCACCUCCUGGACAAGUCAACUCCGUACGUGCUCUACCGGUGGAUUGCAUUCCUCUUCAUCGCAUUCGUGUACGUGUUGCGGGUGUACUUGAUCCAAGGAUUUUACGUGGUGACCUAUGCCCUCGGCAUCUACAUUCUCAACCUCCUCAUCGGGUUUCUUUCACCGCAGGUCGACCCGGAGUUCUCAGACGGCCUGACCCUCCCCACUCGAGGCUCCGACGAGUUUCGACCUUUCGUUCGCCGCCUUCCAGAGUUCAAAUUUUGGUACUCAAUCACCAAAGCCUUCAGUAUUGCUUUUGUGUUGACAUUCUUCAGCAUUUUUGAUGUGCCUGUUUUUUGGCCAAUUCUCGUUUUCUACUGGAUCGUUCUUUGCAUGCUUACACUGAGGAGACAGAUUCUACACAUGAUAAAAUACAAAUAUGUUCCAUUUUCUGUUGGAAAGCAGAGGUACGACAGAAAGAGUGCACCAACAGCUGAUAAUGAAAGGCUUCCCUCUUAG